AUGGCUUCUACUGAACGACCUCUGGUAGCGGAUGUGCACGACAAACCAGAAACCACCUCCAGUCUCACUCAACAUGGCUCUACCGAGAAUGAUCAAGCAAAGCCUGAACCCGGCUAUCAAAGCGGGCUGCCGUUUUUUCUGGUCGUCUUCGCCUUGCUGUUGAGCAUGUUCUUGUCGGCCCCAGAUGUCGGCUGGUACGCUGCUGCGUUCUUCAUCACAUUGGCCAUAUUCCAAUCAGCAUGGGGUAAAGCAUACAAGCACUUCAAUAUUAAGAUUACCUUCGUGGUAGCAGUCGUCCUGUUCGAGGUUGGCAGCUUGAUCUGCGGCGUUUCGCAAAACAGUCUUACGUUCAUCGUCGGCCGAGCCAUCGCUGGACUUGGUGGAGCCGGCGUUACUGGUGGCGUGUAUACCGCCAUGGCCUACAUUGUGCAGCCUGCGCAAGUUCCAACAUACAUUGGCCUCAUCGGCGCCGUGUUUAGUGUCGCCAGCGUUGCUGGCCCCCCGCUUGGCGGUGCGCUCACUGGCGAGGUGAGCUGGAGAUGGGUAUUCUACAUCAAUCUGCCAAUAGGCGGCUUCGCCCUGUUGAUCAUAUUCAUCUACUUCCACUUGCCUGCCACAGUCAAACCAGUCCCUAUCGGCCGAAAAGAACUCAUCUUGGUCAUGGAUAUUCCCGGUAUUGUCCUCGGCAUGGGUGCGCUUGUCAGCUUCACGCUCGCUAUGCAGUGGGGUGGUACCCUGAAGCCUUGGUCUUCUCCAGACGUUAUAGGUACCCUCGUAGGCAGCGUUAUCAUGACUGUCCUCUUUGCCGCCUUGCAGUGGCAAGCGGGCGAGAACGCCUCCCUCGUUACGCGGAUUAUGACGCAGCGAACAGUGGCAGCACUGUCAGCAUUCAUCUUCUUUCUGAACUCAACCAACUUCCUCCUGGUAUACAAUCUCCCACAAUACUUCCAGGUUAUCAACGACCUCUCCGCCACAGAAAGUGGUAUCAGAAACCUCGCACUCAUUCUUUCAACUUCAGCUUUCGUCCUUGCAAGUGGCUUCAUCCUCGGCCGGGUCGGCUACUACCACAUCUUCCUCAUCAGUGGUUCUGCUCUACUCACAGUCGGGGCGGGCCUCGUAUACACGCUCGACCUUGACUCCACAGUCGCGGAAGUAGUGGGGUUUCAGAUUCUGGUUGGUAUGGGUAUCGGAUUAGCCAUCCAGGCUCCCGUCAUUGUUGCACAGGCUUUCUCGGCCCCUGAGGAUAUCCCAGUAGUCACGUCGAUAGUCAUGUUCUUCCAGCUAGUGGCGGGAGCGAUAUGUGUAUCGGCCUCUCAGACACUUCUCAACAACCGGCUGAUCUCAGCACUGGCAGACCUCGCGCCAAACAUCACACCUGAGCAGGUCUUCGCUGUGGGUGCGACGGAAAUACGUGAUGUUUUCCAGGGGGGCGAUCUCGUCGCAGUGCUCAAGUCCUACAUGGUUGGUCUCAAAGAUUCUUGGCUUUUUGCGACUGUUCUGGCUGCGAUCACCUUUCUCCUGGCUUUUGCGGGAGAAUGGAAGAGUGUGAAAGGCGCAAAGCCUGCGGCUGUUGCAUGA